AUGGAUCUCGAUGCACUCUUAGCACAAGAAAUCGAAGACUUGAAUCGAGACAGUGAAGAGGACCGACGAGUCAAAGAAGCCGUUAUUCUCGACAAGCGAGAUCCCAACAAAAUUCUAGGUCCUGAUGAUGACUAUUCGUCCGACGACAGCUCGUCCGAAAACAAUGGCAACAGCAACAACAGUAGUAGUGGAAACACCACGCCCAGACGACGCACGGUGCGAUACUGUGACGAAGACGACGACGACUAUUAUGAAGACGACCUUGCUUUACGUGACCCAGAAUUAUUCAGAACCACCGAACUUAACCGUCAAAUUAUUUUGGACGAACAACAACAACAACAACAGCAACAGCAACAGCAAGACGGCUAUACACCUCAACGUAAAAAGUCAGUGGCAGCCAUCAUGACACGUCCACCAGAAUUGGUGUUUUCGGACCCACCGACCACUGUCACCGAACCAGACCGUAUCAUUGUCACGUUCCACUAUGGCCAGAAGCCGGACAAGCCGGUGGUCAAGUCGCGCAAAUACAUGAUGGCUUGCGACUUUGGAGAAGAAAGCAUGUAUGCCAUGAACUGGGCACUGGGCACUAUGCUUCGUGAUGGUGACCAGGUCCAUGUCGCCACCGUCGUCACUCCGGACGAGGAUAUUGAUGAUAUGGAUGAUGAUGAAAAGUACCGUCUCUGGCAAGAGAUGGAUCGUAAAUCCAAGAAUUUGAUAUCCAAGGUACGCUCCAAGUUGGAGGAGAUGUUACUAUACAAUAUCACAAUUGUCAUCUAUUCCAUUGCCGGCCAAACAAAAGAAUCGUUACUUGAACUGAUCUAUAGCCUGCCAUUGACCAUGGUCGUAUGUGGUUCACGAGAAAAAGGCGCUUUCAAAGGAUUGUUGAUGGGUAGCGUGUCCACAUUCCUUGUCCACAAUGCACCAGUACCGGUGUCGGUGGUACGUCCUCAGAAGAAGGAAAAGAAGAGCAAGAAGAAGAUGACUGCAGCUCAGAAGCUGUCACAGUCGGUGCGCAAUGGUCAACUCAAGGUGGAUGAAGCAGCAGGUGCUGCUGCUCCUAACGUUCACAACCUGCCUUGA